AGGGAGGGGCGCGUAACGCUCCUUCUUGACCUUGUCAAGCUUUCCUCGAUGGGGAAACUGAGUCACUCUACUCUGGGCCUGGGAGGCGGGAUCCGCGCGCUGCCGGGAGCUAAGCCGACAGCCCCCGGGGGGACGCCCUUCUCCCCACCUUCCCCGGCCUUCGCGGCGCACUCACGUUGGCAGGGCGGGUCCUCGGGAGCCCAUGGGCUGGAUGGGCUGCGCCUGCGAUGGGUGCAGGUUAGGCGCCUGCCAUCUCGUCGGGCCGGGACUCAAGGGCUAGGCUGGAGAGAUUUCUGGAAGCAGGAGCUGGCAAGGGGGACAGAAAGGGAGAGGGACGCUCUGGCGGGCUGUCCCCAACCCCCAAAGCAGCUUUGGGAGGGGGCGAGGGGGAGCCUGACGGCCCGCGAAGACAUUGGAAGCUGGUCCCGGGGCAGGAGAAACCAUGAGGGUCUGCUGGACCCUGGCUUGUUGUUUGCCCGGGCACUCUCAACCCGAGCCAGGCCACUUGCACUCGAAUCGCCAGCUACGAGCCUUUGCAGCCGGGUCGCGGGCACUGCGCGCUCUGGCCCCGCCCUUCCCGACCCUUUCCCGGGCGGCUCGGCUGGGCCCGGAACACUCGGAGCCGGUGUGCACAGGGCCGCCCACCGGAGCGCAGGUCCUGGGAUGCUGCUUCCGGUGAGCUGGGGACAGAACACCUACUUCACAGGAUUGUUGAGAAGAUUAAAUGAGAUGCACUAAGGACGAUGUUAUGAUCACAUUAUCAUUAUAAAACACACAGCAUAUUAGCUGUGAUUCAUGCUA